CAAACCAACAAACCCUGAACAUACGAAAGUCCUGCGCAGCGAAUGUCUUUGUCGUUCACAGUCGGCGAGCGCAUCUUAUGCUAUCAUGGGCCCCUCGUCUACGAGGCUAAGAUACUAAAAGCAGAGACGUGGGACGAAACCAAUACUAAGCUCUCCACAAUUGGUCCUCAUUUCUUCGUGCACUAUAAGGGGUGGAAGCAGACGUGGGAUGAAUGGGUGCCUAUCACACGGCUGCUCAAGUUCAAUGACACGAAUGUGCAACUGCAGAAAGCACUGAUGGCACAGGCCAGCGCAGCUGCAUCUACCUCGGGGUCAUCCUCAAAAGGGAAGGCUCAUGGUGGGGGUAUGAUGAAGGACAGUAGCUCCUCGCGCGGUGGCGGGCUUGGGCGUAAGGAUGGUAGAGGAACGAAGAGAGGGAGAGAGGAGGACGAUAGCAGCAAGAAGCCGGAAAUGAAACUCAAUGUCCCAGAGGUGCUGAAAGUACUGCUUGUGGAUGAUUGGGAGGCGAUUACAAAGAACAGUCAGCUGGUAUCUGUACCACGACGUCCAACAGUUGUUGAGAUCCUCCAGCAGUUCAAAGAUUAUGUGAUAGGGCUCGGGAAAAACACAACCCUUCGCGAGCCUGAACUCGUCCUCCCAACAAUAAUUUCAGGGUUGCAAGUCUACUUUGAUCGCUCGCUCGGCGCAAACCUUCUCUACCGCUUUGAACGUCCACAAUACGCUGAGAUUCGCAAGCAGUUUGUCACGGGUCCCAAGGUGCAGGUUGGCCAGGAGAAAGAUAUGAGCGCCAUAUACGGAGCAGAGCACUUGCUUAGGAUGCUUGUGAGUCUACCACAGAUGGUCUCCAGUUCUACGAUGGACGCGGAGAGCGUCGGACUAGUGAGGGAUUAUGUCAAUGAGCUUCUAAUGUUUAUGAUGAACGACCGCAGUCGGCUAUUUUUGAUAGAGUACGAAAGCUCAAGUCUACAAUAUCAAAACAUCUCUCGAUCAUAAUUCAUUAACGCUGUUCUUGUGUACAUACCAUUAUUCGCGAUCUUAAUCGUCUACGUCCGCCUUCGAUCAAAAUUUAUGCCAACUGUGAGG